AUGGAAAUAUAUUGCAAUGAUUACACAUUCACCUCGGUGACUGGUUCACCCACGAUUGAGUACGGACAAAGCACUGACUGCAAUGGCGAAUCUUUUCGGAACCCCUGCCCACGCUUCUCAGAAGCUGUCAUCAACUCUAUGGGGACAGGGCUGAUCGUGGAUCCUACUAUAAAAUGGGGUAAAAUAAGUGGCUGGUGGGCAGAAGUGAAAAAUUUGGAUCGGUCAACAGAUGGUUCUCAGAUAUCGUUUGUGUGUACUGGAUGGUGCGGCGAGUGUGGCCCAACAUCUGGACCAAUCACACUACAGCCGUCAAAAGAAUUCAUUUCAGCGACAGAGGCGAAAGCUUUCGUCUGUAAUUUCAGUUUGUAAUUUGAUUCUGCUAUAGCCCUUCCCAUUAUAAGCAUUAUUCAAACAAUAUGACAGAAG